CGAUCCUGCGAUCCGAAGCUCUGUCCUAGCGCUCACAUGCCACUCGGAACGCGCAUACUGCUACGACUACAUUCACCAGCGAAUAUUUAACGGACAUUUCUUACCAGACGAAACACAGGCUGUAUCUUACCGUUUCUUUUUGCUGCCGCAUGAACACGUGUAAACCUUAUGGCACGCCACGGAAAAUCUUAUAAAAGCUGUUCGGAAAGCAGACAACUACCCCUCUUGCAAUCAUUGGCAUUCGUACUAGUCAUUAAGUCAUUCUGCUUACAGGCUUUCUUUAUACAUAGUCGCGCCAAUAUCGCCAGUGUGGGUACUGCUUUAGAUUUGGCUAUACCACAAAACUAUGUCGGCAGAAACGCCAACACCCCAAGAUUCGGGCCUUCCACCACCACCAGCCCCUAACAAAACCUCGUCUCUUGCUUCUGGCUCAUACCCAGAUGAAAGUUUCAGACCGACAAUCCUCCAUCUUGGCGAUGACAUCCGGUGGAACCACCGGCUAUAUGUUGAGUUGACAAAGAAAUUCAAGGUUGAGCGGACCUACUCGAUAGGGAGAGAAGAUUUCAAGCAAGCGCUGAAGGACAGGAGAUGGGGUGAUUUUGUAGGGAUAUAUCGCCCGUUUUGGAAUACGGGAGGUGAAAUGGGGAACUGGGACAAAGAACUGAUUGACUUGCUCCCCAAAUCCUGCAAAAUUUACGCUUCGGCUGGUGCAGGCUUCGAUUGGGUCGACACCCGCGCCCUCGCGCAACACGGGACGAUAUACUGUAACAGCGCUUCUGCAUGCACCGAGUCCGUUGCCGACGCGGCGAUCGUACUCAUCCUAUCGUGUUACCGUGCAAUAGCUUGGUCGUUCCUCGCCGCGCAGUCCUGCGAUACCGAGCAGUUUCAGGAUGCGAACCAGAACAUUGCUGCAGUGACACAUAACCCCAACGGGACUGUGCUCGGGAUCGUAGGACUUGGUCGGAUUGGGAUGCGGAUCGCGGAGAAAGCGACGCGGGCAUUUGAGAUGAAGAUCGUCUACCACGAUGUGGUGCGCAUGGAGGAACGGGAGGAACAAAUCGGCGCAGGCUGGUGCGCAACGCUGGACGAGUUGUUGCAAACGUCAGACUGUGUACUGCUCGCCACACCCUUCAACGGCGAAGUUCUCCUUUCCACCCCGCAGUUCGCGAAAUUCAAGCCCGGCGCUCGACUUGUCAAUAUUGCACGCGGAAAGCUCGUCGACGAGGACGCGCUCAGUCAGGCCUUGGACGACGGUGUCAUUAGCGCCGCAGGCCUCGAUGUCCAUGCCAACGAACCAAAUGUCAACCCAAAGCUCGUGAAAAAGAAAAAUGUUAUGGCGCUGAGCCAUACGGCUGGAGCAAGUGUGGAGAGCCAUAUUGGGUUUGAGAGAUUAGGGAUGGAAAACUUGCUGGGGUGGUUGGAGAAGGGGGAGAGCGGAGUGGUAAGCCCAGUAAAUUUGCAGUGGUUAAAGAGGGAUUAGAGUAAGACUGUAUUAUGAAAGGAGGUAAUGUAGCCGCUGGAGAGGGGUGCAUAGAAAUGGUCUAUUAAAUAAUGAAGGUCUGGAGUACAUCUCGUUUUUUUGCUGCCCCAGCAAUGAACCGUGUGGGGUAGCGUGUACUACACGUAUUAUUUCUGUCAUUGCAAC